CAAUCCCCUGCGCUCUCGUAUUGUCGCCAUCACCAAAGCAAACAUGUCGACAAGGUUCAAAGCUCGUCGUAUUGUGAGUCUGACUAACCUCUUCUCUCGUAUCUAAACAGUAUAUAUUCUCUUGUUGACAAACCUCCAUGAUUCUUCUCCUCUCUGCCAGACCAUCAGCCUCCUCUCAAUUGAUCCUUGCAAGCCUUCAAGCACGACCGCUCUUCGUCCAUCCAUCCCGUUUUCCACCCUUUCACACUUUCAAAACCCUCACAAUGUCUACAUCCAAAUCUGCCGCUUCCUUGAUCCCCACUGACCCAGCCAAGGUCAUGGUCAUUCGCGAUGUCACGCCGACCAUCACAACCCUCAGCGUUCCCUUUGCGCGCUUUGGCCGCAUAAAGUUGGGAGGGAGAGCAACUCUAGUGAAGAUGCAAAGUGGCAAUGUCGCAGUCUUCUCUCCUGUAGCACUCACACCAGAUGUCAAGGCAAAAGUCAAGUCCUUGGGCCCUGUCAAAUACAUUGUCGCACCCGACAUUGAACACCACAUCUUCAUCUCCACCUGGGUUCAGGAAUACCCUGACGCAGAAGUCAUUGGACCUGAAGGUCUGCCAGAAAAGAGAGAACAAGAUCCGGCCACAAAGGGCACCAAAUUUGCCCACGUCUUCUCAGCCAAGAACAAACUUGACCUGAAGAUCUCCCCCGAGUUCGACCAGGAAUUCUCCACCGAAUUCUUCCAUUCUCAUGUUAACAAGGAGCUCGUCUUCCUGCACAAGCCCACCAAGACCAUGAUUGAGGCUGAUCUUUUGUUCAAUCUUCCUGCCACUGAACAGUACUCAAAGACAGGCCUAGACCCCCGCUCAGGAUUCUUGACCAAACUCUUCGUCGGCAUCCAAAACACAAAGGGCAACAUGACCUGGCAGAAACGUUUCCUUUGGUAUGGAGCUAGCAGUAAGGAUCGAGCUGGCUUCACCGAGUCUGUCAAGAGAAUCAACACCUGGGACUAUGACCGAAUCAUUCCUUGUCACGGAGAGGUGAUCGAGACUGGCGGCAAGGCCACGAUGAACACUGCGACUGAAUGGUUUACCGCCCAGAAAUAAUGGUCGCAGGUUGCAGUUGGGUGCUAAUUUCGUUGAGUUGAGAUACCCAAAAGAUUCGGUUGAAGAAGCGGGCAUUGUUUAUUGUCGUGGGGUUGGAGUUUUAUCGGUAGAACAUUCACACCUGUUACAUAAUAUAAUAAUUCAUCACUUACAGUUAUCAAGACUCA